CUGGUCUUGGGGCCUGGGAAUCAAGAGUAGAGAGACUAGGGAGCUAGGUGAGGUCUGUGGUGGGGGCUAGGAUCAGAGAAAGGGAGAGAGGACAAGGGUGACAGGUGGGGGUGAGAGAUCAAAGAUGGGGCGGGAGUGUGCCUAGGGUUGUCUCUCCAUGAGUGCUCUCCUUCCCUACUCUUCCUGUUCCAGGUCUAGCGUCGGACCAUGUGGAAGUUUCUGAGACUAGGGAGCCGGAUAAUGGGGGGUGGGGCCCGUUGGAGGGUAAAGGGGCAAUAGCGUCCUUUCACAGGCUAACCCCGGCCCUUCCCCGUCCUCUGGACUAAAAUGGGGAACACAUUGGGCCUGGCACCAAUGGGGACUUUGCCCCGCCGGAGCCCCCGCCGAGAGGAACCCCUGCCCAACCCUGGGAGCUUCGAUGAGCUGCACCGGCUAUGCAAAGAUGUAUUCCCAGCACAGAUGGAGGGCGUGAAGCUCGUUGUCAACAAGGUUCUGAGCAGCCAUUUCCAGGUGGCUCACACUAUACACAUGAGUGCCCUGGGCUUGCCGGGAUAUCACCUCCAUGCGGCCUAUGCAGGGGAUUGGCAGCUCAGUCCCACUGAGGUGUUCCCCACUGUGGUAGGGGAUAUGGACAGCAGUGGCAGCCUGAACGCCCAGGUCUUGAUCCUCUUGGCAGAGCGGCUCCGAGCUAAGGCUGUCUUCCAGACGCAGCAGGCCAAGUUCUUGACAUGGCAGUUUGAUGGCGAGUAUCGGGGAGAUGACUACACAGCCACUCUGACCCUAGGAAAUCCUGACCUGAUUGGGGAGUCGGUGAUCAUGGUUGCUCACUUCCUGCAGAGCCUCACUCAUCGGCUGGUGCUGGGAGGAGAGCUAGUUUAUCACCGGCGGCCAGGCGAAGAGGGGGCCAUCUUGACACUGGCUGGGAAGUACUCCGCUGUACACUGGGUAGCUACAUUGAAUGUGGGAUCAGGCGGGGCCCAUGCAAGUUACUACCACAGGGCAAAUGAACAGGUUCAGGUUGGAGUGGAGUUUGAGGCAAACACAAGGCUACAAGACACAACAUUCUCCUUUGGUUACCACCUGACUCUGCCCCAGGCCAACAUGGUGUUUAGAGGCUUGGUGGAUAGUAACUGGUGUGUAGGUGCUGUGCUGGAGAAGAAGAUGCCCCCUCUGCCUGUCACCCUAGCCCUUGGAGCCUUCCUCAAUCACUGGCGCAACAGAUUCCAUUGUGGCUUCAGCAUCACUGUGGGCUGAGGUUGUCCAGAGCCAGCCCCACAGCAGCUGGAACCUCUGAGUCAGGUGCCCUAGGGCCAGAGACUAGGCCCCUCUCCAGAGCCCACCUUGCUGGGUGACCUCUAGGACCCAGGAGCAGAGUGGCGGAUAGGACCAUGCCCUCCUCAGAACUGGAGCUGCCACAGGGGCAGUUGAUGAGGCAGAGGUUUGAGGAUCGCCCCUCUGCUACCAGCCCCAGUAUCACCUUCCCGAUGCUCCUGUGGCUCUGGACUAAGGGGAAAGGAUUAAGGGGUAUGGCUGAAUUCCCCCGGCACUCCUUGCCUCCAGGCUUCCUUCUUCCUUUCCCUUUGGUUAAUCCUGCAUGGGAUUAGCUGACCAUCCUGUUUUCCAUCCCAGAGUCUCCCAAGGCUGGGAAAGUAGGGCUGAAGGGCUAGAUAUUUGGUCUCAGAAAGUAGGGCCCACCCAUUCCCAGAAGGAGCUUCUUUACCUCUUAGCCCUGAGGCUUCCUCCUUCCCAUCUUCUGUGCUUCCA